GCGGAUCGAUUAUAAGUGUAGCGGAAGAAGUGCGUGUCGAAUUUUCCAUAAUUUACGGGCAGUGCAAAAAUAAUAUAUACACACAUUGUGAAAAAUAGUUUAAAAUAUCAACACAAUCAUAUAUAAUUAAGCUUCCAGUUUAUAGUAGUUCUGCGUGUUAAUAAUCGUUAUUGUGCUUCGACUUAAAAAUAUAUCAAAUUGUUUAAAAAAAAGUGCAUAAUAUACCCGGCAGUUAGUGUCAAACGCUUCUAAAACACAACAAAAAUCCAUAGCAGCUGCGUAAACAGUUAAUUGGUAUACAAAGGUGCGGCUCGCCUGUAAUCUUGGCAAAGUAAAGCCUGUCAAUAGCGCCGUGUGCAAGCAACAGCAUUGUUUCAACUCUUACAGUUCAAAAAGGCAUUCAAUUGUGGGUCUCAGAGACAUGUACAUGCAUACAACCACAACAUUGCGGAAAUGUUGUGGCUCUUUGAAUAUCGACAAAUACUGAAAUAUCAACAACAACAGCAACAAUAAAAUCGUAUGUUUUAAAGCAAAUCCAGGAAGCGGCAUCAAGCACGCCAUGUCGCUACCAACUUAACUGCGGAGAAUUGUUACACAAAAUACAAUAAAAGCAAAGAAACAAAAAACAACAACAAAACAGAAGUAUCCAACAAAAAAAUAAAACAAAUCCACCACUAAAAACAAAAACAAUCAGCAAAUCCGCCAAGGAGCAACGCAACAAAAGUUUUCCAGCCCUUCCGAGUCUCAGCGUUUCUCAAGCGUAGUCCGUUUUUUUACGAGACUUUUUACUCAAAACCGCAACACCUUUUAGUGUUUAUUUUAAUUUUUUAACUCAACACGUGCAAAACAUAGCAAAACCGUUACAACAACCCUUGUUAAAUCGCUCAAGUGCGCUUUGAGUUCGUGUGCUUUUCGUGCUUCUUUUUAUUUUCCUUUUUUUGGGUGUUUUUAACCGAGCUCUUCGUUUGUUGUGCGCUGCCGAUGUAAUUUUCGCUCGUCGCAACUAACCUCGAAAGUGUUUCGUUAGUUUGUUUUUCGACCAAACAGCGAUAUCCGGUUUGUGCGUCUAUUGGUGUAAAACUGUAUGACAUUACUUGGGCCUAGCGCCCCUGGUAUGGCCUUUAUGAUGAAAAAGAAAAAGUAUAAGUUCAAUGUUGAGGUACAAUUACAAGAGCUCUCCGAGGUGGCGCUCGUGAAUGAGGUGCUGUUCGCGAAGAUACGUCUACUGGAUGGUGGUUCGUUUCAGGAGUACAGCAGCAGAGAGGAGGUGCGCGAUCAUCGUGUAGUAUGGAAUCGCAACUUCGAAUUUCCCUGCAAAAUGUCCGCCAAUGCAUCCACAGGCGUAUUGGAUCCCUGCUAUUUACGCAUCUCCAUACGCAAAGAGAUGAAGGGCGGACGUAGUUAUUUUAAGUUAGGUUUUAUCGAUAUAAAUCUUGCCGAAUUCGCCGGCGCCGGCCUGACGUCACGACGCUUUCUGCUCGAGGGCUAUGAUUCGCGUCAUCGUCUGGACAAUUCCAUGCUGCUGGUAUCCAUCAAAAUGCACAUGCUCAGCGGUGAUAUACUCUUCAAGGCACCCACGCCGAAUCUGAAGAACAAACAGAAACCCUCAACGGAUGACUUGGCCACCGCGUCGACGGGUGUGGGCCUGCAGACGCCCACCGCCACAGCGUUGCCCAGCAUGGGUGGCGGCGGUGUGGUCAGUAGCGGACCAAGCGUCGGCGGCGGCAGUCAAGGCAUACCGGUUAGUGUUGGUGGCGCUACGCUAGGCGGCGGACUCAAUAGCGCGACCAGCACGCGUCCCGUCUCCACCGUGCGUGAGGAUGAUUUGGACCCCCAAGUAGUGAUCGCUUCGAUUGUGACGGACUCCGGCUUGUCGGAAUCUUCCGAAUCGGCUACUACACUCACCACAGAAGCGUUGCUGUUGCAGCAACAACAACAGUUUAUCGCUUAUCCACCGCAAAAUACGUUAGGCUCAACGACAACAACAACAACCACUGUCGUGACAUUGACGAAUGCACAACAAAUGCAGCCAUACGUUGGCAUUGGCGGCACCAGUGUUGGCGGCGCGGCGGUCAGCAUGGGCAUUGUCGGUAGCAACAAUUGCGGCACGACCAGCGCGAAUGCGAUGGGCGGCGGCGGCCUGGGUGGCACUACCGGCACGUCGUCGAUUAUGGAAAUGGGCCACUCGCGUAAUUCCAGCAACACUAGUCAAAUGUCGAAGGGUUCGGGUUAUAGCAGUUUUUCGCACAGUCAACAUUCGAGGCAAAGUUCUGAAGGCGAUUCGGGGCAUGCAAGAUUCAGCAAAUCCGUUUCUCUACUUAAUAGACUCAAUCAGAAAACCGCCAACGCCAUGAAGCUGAAUAUACCAGCGUUGAACCAUCAACAACAGCCAACGGAAACUAUCUGCGAGUAUGAAUGCGAAGAGUUGCUCUUUCAAACGCCGAACUCAACUAUGCGCGAUGAGGAGUUCCGCACGCCACUCAACGAAAUGCCACCCUCAACCAAUAGCUCUCUAUCGAUUUACGGUGAAAAGUUUGUGCUAAGCACGCCCUCGCCCACGUAUCGCAGCGUGGCGAGCAACAGUCGCAGCGGCUCGCGCGCCUCACAGAUUUACGAAAGCGGCAGCGCCAGCGGUGUUAGUGGCAGUGGCAGCGGUAGCGGUGAAUCGGGCUCGGAGGAGACGGCGGACGACUCGGGUUUGGAUGAGAAUUUCCAUACGCCGCGCGUGGCCAAAAUCAAAUCGAUGGAAAAUCUCUCCAUCAUCGAAAUGGAGUUUCAUCGCGCCUCACAGGAGUUGGAUCGCAAUUCGCCGCGUCGCCUCAAAUUGCUGGCCGAAAAUGGCGGUCAUAUACACAAAAUGCGUUCGCUUAGCAAUUUGCGUUUCGAUGACUAUAGCGAAGAGCAGAUCCGCGAGGAAUUGCUGCGCAUACGCGAACGCGCGCUGGAGGAGAAGCAUCGCUUCAAUUUGCAGCAACGCAAAAAUUCCACCUCAUCGACGAAUUCGGGCAAGUUGUUUGUGAAGAACAAAGUGGGUAAUGCCAAGUUUAUUGGCAACGAUGACAGUCCACUGCCGCAGCAGCCAAACAACCAGCAACCGCCCUUAUUUCUGCAGCGUGGCUCACACUAUCCCAUACAGAAAAUGCGUUCGAUGGGCACCAUACCGGAUUUGGUGACGGAACGCGUCGAACCGGAUCCGUUUCUCACGCCGACUUCGGGUCGCAAGCCGAAUUUCCCGCUGGUAACACAGUCGGCGGAGAAACCCUCACCGCCGUCGUUCGUUGCGCGCAUACUUAACUACGAUGUCGUGGACUCACCAUCCACCAAUAGCCAUAAUCAGCAGCAGCAACCACAACUGCACACACACGGCUCCCUAACCGAGCUCUAUACACAGGAUCGUGUGAGCAAGUUGUUGUCGAAUGAUCCAAGCACUGCGUUGUCAUUCAUGUCGCGUACGCCGUUCGAGCGCGCCUACCGUCGCACGUUGCUGAAGAGUUCGACGCCGUUGCGUCAGGCGCACGGCUAUACACAGUACGCUACGUUGGAGCAGCAGGAAUUGCAGCAGGGCGGCGUACAACAGUACAUGUUAGGUCAUCAGGAGCCGCUACUGGCGCGUCCGCAUUCAACGAACGCCGCCUACGAGUUAAUGAGCACCGGCCGCAAUUUCAGCGGCGUACCGCGUCGCCUACUCGACGGCAGCAAUCGCCAGAUCUCAUCCAUUGCGCUGGGCGCCAACACAUCGCCCUCCGCCGCUACGGCGUCGGCCGCCAACACCAGCUCCUCACCCAGCGGUACACUCGGCAGCAUCCACUCCACGCAUUCGGCAUCCUCGUCCAGCGGCAGCAGCAGCAGCGGCGCCGUUAUCACCUUCCAAUGUGCCGGUGGUGCACACCCGGGCAUCGGCAGCAGCAGCGACACCGUCGAUGGCAUUGGCUUCAGCGAUGGCGGCGGCGGCGUCAGCACACCCAACACCAACAACGCCAACCAGCAGCUGAUUGGCUCACCAUGCAAUAACGGUUUUGGCAGUGGUGUUGGUGGCGCCGUCGGUGGCUGUGGCAGCAGCGGUGCGAAUAGUCCACGCUUGGCGAGCGGCGGCGCGCUCACCUCCACUUCGGCGACCACCGAUGCGUUGAGCUCUUUGGCGGCCAGUCCUACCGAUGCCUGCAGCAUACGUUCGAAUCCGUCGGCCGCAUCACUGCUGCUCACCACCGCCACAAUGGCGGCGGCAGAAGCGGCGGCGGCACAAGUGGCCGCCAACAAUAACGCCGGUCUGUGCGCAUCGGGCGCGACGCUCUCACCGCUCGCGACCACACAAAUCAUACGACGGCCCAGCAUUACAAUUUCCGGUUCGUUAGUCAUAAGUGAAACAGGAUCUCUAGAUCGCAUGAAGAAUGCGGCUGAGAAGCGCAAGAAGGGACCGCUGGACGAUGGGCCACGCGUAUCGGAUCGCGUCGAGGAGACGCGCGUCAAUCCCAAUUCGCUAAUCGAUGAAAUACUGAAGGAUACCAAAUUGGAUCAGUUAGCCGAAUCGGCGGAGACAUCCGGCCUGCAGCUGUAUAUAGCACGCGAUGGCACCGCCUCGUUGGGCAGUCACGAGGUGAAAGCGCGCGUGCCGACCGGCGCCUUCAAGCAGGUGGUCAUGAAGAAUCCAAGAUAGUAGCGUAAAUUGUAAGACUCGUAAGCCGGAAGCAAGAAGACUACAAACUACACACUAACUACUACAACAGCAACAUACGUAUACACAUACAGACGUGCCCGCACAUACAUAAGCAAAGUAGUGUGGCAUGCCGCAGCGGAAGCGAAGUGCAACAAAGGAAUUUCGUAACCCAACCAACAAAAGCAGUAAUAACAACAACAGCAUUAACUACAACAACAACAACUACUACUACAAAACUGCAGCAACCAUAUACAACAUACAUACACACACAUUUAUAAAUAAUAAAUAAUUUAAAAUAAAAUGCAAAACUAAUAAUAAAUAUAAAAUUAUUUAUAGCAUAAAUAAAUACAUACAUACAUAAUACAUAAAAAUGCUAAAGCUAAAGAAAAAUUGUAACUGUAAUGAAAAUGUAAGCCAGCAAAACCAGCUAAACAAACAGCAAGUGUAUGCGAAAGCAAGUAGUCAGCCGAAGAACUAGCAAACUAACCAACAACAAAAAGGCAAAAAUUAAGCAUAAAACAUACAUACAUACCAUAUGUCAACUAACUACAUACAAACAUAACAAAUUUCAUUCGAAUAUCCACUAACAACAUGUAAAUCCUAGAAAUCAUUAAUCCAUCAGCCAACUCCAUCACAAACAUCACCCAACUCAAGCCAUAAUCACUAAGCUGAAAUUCGAAAUUAGCAAACACAAACAACAACAACUUGUAAGCGUAUAAAUUUCAAAUUUAACGGUAUCAAGUACGCUUUCGCCCGCAAAAAUAAAAGUGAGGCGCGUCCAGUGUUAGAAAUAAUGCAAGCAAACUGCAUACAUACAUACAACAUAACCUCAAAACUCUCAAAUCGGCUGUAUUUCAAAAUCAGCAAACGCGUUUCGGCUCUUUAGACAAAGCUAAACUUUCGGCAACGUUCAAAAGAGUGAGUAAUUUGUAUAUAUUGGCUGGUUUUAAAAAAUAGUAGACUCAACAAAAAUGGAACGGACAAAGAAAGCGGUUAAAAAUAUUUGAGAAAGGUGCGUGUGAUAGGCAAGCUUAAAAAAAGUAGCCGAAAAGCAUAUUUGAAAUUGAUUUUGUAUUUAACUACAACAAAAAUCGAAAGCUUUAUAUCCUAAUUUGGCGGCAUAACUUUGGACGCUAAAAAUAAGACGAAAAAACUUCGAAUUGAUAGCAGAGCUUGAAAUAAGCUUUUGUAAAACAACAAUAGUAGCAAUAUUUCACAUUUUUGAAUUAGAAAACCAGCUUUCUUAAAACAAACUCGAAAGCUCUUAAGCCUAAUUUGAUCAUUUGGUGGCAUAAAUUUCAAAAGCUUAUAGAAAAAGUUCGAAUCGAGAGCAGAGCUUAAAAUAAGCUUUUGUAAAACAACAAUAAUAGCAAUUUUUUAAAAUUUUGUAUUGAAAAACCAGCUUUCUUAACUUACAUUUCAAAAACUUUUAAAAAUUAUGGCUUCGGAUGAAACGAAAAGGCUCAAAUCGACUGUGGAGCUUUUGCAAAAACAACAGCAAUAUCAAUUUUUAAACAUUUAUGUUUUCAAAUCAAGCUUUAUAUUUGCAAUGCUUUUGAAAUUUAUCCCUCUUAACUUACAUUUCAAAAACUUUUGAGAAUUAUCAUUUUUAACUUAUAUUUCAAAAACUUUUGAAAAUGAUCACUUUUGCCACACAGAAAAAGCUCAAAUCGACUGUAAAGCUUGAAAUAAGCAUUAAAACACAACAACACAAUAUUCGAACGUUUGCGCUUCGAACCAUUUUGUAUUACUGGAGAACAAACUUGUUGCAAAACGGCGGAUGAGCUUUUAUUUGCAGCUGUUUUGAGUCAAAAAAGUAUGAGCUUUUUUUGAUCAGAAAAAAUCAGCAAAUAUGCAGGUGAUGUUAUUGCCUGUCAAGAAUAAGCUCAAAUCGACUACAGAACUUAAAAAGCAAGAAUAAACCCAAAUCGACUACAGAACUUAAAAAGCUUGAGACAACAACAACAUUAUAAAAAUUUAAACUUUUGCAAUGCAAAAUCUAAUCAACUCAGCUUAGUUUUGUAAGAUUGGCGCACGAACUCGUAUCGCAAAACGGCCGAUGAGCUUUUUUUUGCCAAGAAAGCAAAAGCUUUUAUCUGUAGUGAAGUCCUUUUAAGUUUUUUGCCUACCGAAAAUAAACUCAAUUGGACUGCAGAGCUUAAAAAGCUUGAAAAUACAACUUCAGUCACUUUGUGCGAAAGGCAGUAAAAAUUUUUCCGUUCAAAGACAGUGCCCGAAGACACACGUAGCCCGAACUGUCUCAUAUUUUCCCAGCGAAAGACUGUCAGCUCAACAGUAUGCUCUAAAACUAAUAGGAGACUAUUUUGUGCCACCGUAACAACAACAACAGCUCACUACUUUUCUGAAGUAAGAUCCAAAUAUGUCAUUCCUACAACAGCCGGUUCUACGCACCGGAAUGACUCGGACUUUAUCCAACCAAGGGCUGUUAUGUAGCUCAGCAGAUUAACCUUUCUUACAGAAUUGAUGCCUUCCUUUAAAUAAAUGCAAUUAAAAGCACGUUGGGAGUAUAUUAGACUGCUGAUUAUAUUAGAACGAUCAUAUUCAGAAAGGUAGUCACUAUAAAGACGCGGGUUCUGCAGUGUCUGCAAGAAAUUGAGAAGUUCUGCGGUCGAAAUUCAUUAAAUCUUCAAAUAAAUAACAUUUCUAGUAGACUGCGAAAAGAGGCGAAUGAAUGCAUUUCUGUGGUGCAAGAUGAUGAACCAUAACCUCAAUUUUUUUUAAGUAAGUUUUUUUUAAUAUUUAUAUGAAAACAAAAUUAGAAAAAAAUUUAGUAAAGUGCAAAAGCUUGGCAGACAAUAAAAAGCUCUAACUGCAUUUCAGUUAUGGAAAGCAGGUACAUAACCUCAACUUUUUGGACUAAGCCCGCUUUUUAAAUAUUUUAUAUGAAAAUUGAAGACUUUUUUUUCAAUAUUAGCCGUGUAAAUUGGGUUUAUAGCGGUGAUUUUCGAGAGUGAUGAGUUACAAAAAAAAUUAAUUUUUUUUUUCAAAUUAAAUUUUUUUGUUCAAAUUAAAUAAAAAAAAUUCUAAUUCAGUAGUUUUAAAAAAAUUGUAGUUAAUCAUCAGCAUUAUUUUCUAAAUUUGCUACAAAAUUCACUUGAAAUUGCAAAAUGUUUGCAGAGUUGCCACUGUACGUUGACUUAAAAUUUUAUGGAUAAAAAAAAAAUUCAAAAAUAUGAAAAAUAUCUGACGAAACUACAUAACAAAUGUGUACACAAAAGCAAAUAUCGCGUUGUUAUUAAUUAGCAAAUUUUUGGCAAGCACUUAAACAUUAAAUUAGUUAAAUAAUGCUAAAUUCAAAAAUUAAAAAAUAAAGUUUAAAAAAUUAAAAAAUAUUAGUAAUGCAACUAUUUGAAAAAGAGUACAACUACAGCUUACAAUUUAAACGUUCUUGCGCAUGACCGUUAGGCUCAUUUUGCAUGCUGUCACUUUAAACAGCAACCAACUUACUUGCAUAGACAGGCUUGUAUACAUAGCUGCUGCGCUUAGGGAAAUUAAAAAACAAAUAA